AACUAACGUCCUUUAUUCAAGCCCGGAACCCUCGCAUGACCGGGAGCAGCACCGUGUCCGUCGCCGAGACGCGCGCGUCCAUGCGCACGCUCGACAAGGAGAGAAUACGGCAGCGCGCGCUCUACCUCAACAUGAAGGAGAAGCUGCGCAUGUCGAUCUGCGUCCGCAUCCAAAAGCAGUGCAAGAAGCCGCCGGCGCUCGCGUCCGAGCUCGCGUCGCAAAUCCUCGAGACGCUGCAGAAGCAAGGCGCGUCAAGCAACCUCACGGACGCGGAGCUGCAGCGGCUCGUCCAGACGCUCUGCAAGCCAGGCGCGUCGUCGUCGGCGCUCGCGCCCGCGUCGGCGCCCAAGGCCAGCACGCCACCAGGACCAGCCGAGCCCAUGGAAGCACCAGUCGAGAAGCCCAAGAGCCAGAAAAAGGCCCGGAAACCCCAGAGCUCCAAGGAAGGACUGCCCGACUCGAUCUACGUGACCGAGUCGCAGUUGCAGCAAGCCAGCAUCGGCUUUGUCUUGCCGCCGCGCAAGUCGCCCAAGAAGCAUAAGCAAGACGACAUUUGGAACGCGCUCGUCAAAAUCCAAAACCUCGAAGAAGUCAACGAAGCCGAGUCCAAGAUGAAGAAGAAGGUCGCGAUGCGAUCGAGCUGGAGCCACGAACUGCAGUCGCAGGUCGACGCCAAGCAAAUGGUCAAGCAGGCCGAAGCCCAAGACAACCAAAAGUACUUUGAGGAAACCAUGCGGAAGCUCGAGCGCAUGAACGACGCCGAGCGCGCCAAGGAGCUCGAUCGUAUCGCGCGCGCCAAAGAGCAAAACAAAAUCCAGGAGGAGCAGCGCCAGUACAAGCUCGAGAAGAAGCGGGCCGAAGUGGCCGCGCGCCACGAGGCCGAGGUGCGCAUGGCCGAAGCCAUCGCCAAGCAAAAGGCCGACGACGAGGCGAAAGACGCGGCGCGCAAGCAAGCCGAGAAGCUCAAGAUGGCGCGCGUCCUCGAAGAGAACGAGGCGCAGCUGCAGAAGAAGGCGAAUGCGAAGGCCGCGGACCGGGAGCUCGAGGUGAAGCUCGCGCACGACUACGUCAAGAUGGAGGAGGCGAAAGAGGCCCAGCGCCAGCACGACCUCGACGCGCUCUCCAAGAAGAUCCAGGCCAAGAUGAAGUUCUUUGACGACACGUCCAAGGCCGAGACGGACAUGCGCAACAAGGAAGACGAGAUGCGGAUUCUGCGCUACCAAGAGGACUACGAGCGGCGUCAGGCCGAGGUCGACGAGAAGAAGCGCCAAGACGCCAUACGUCGCAACCACGACCAGCAACACUACCUCAAGCAGCAGAUGCAGCUCAAGAAGGAGCGCGAACGCCUCGAGAAAGAGGACUAUGACAAGCAGGCCGAUCUGUGGCGAGCGGAUCGCGAGAAGGACGAGAAGCGGCAGCGCCAGGUCGACAUGCAGCGCGCGGCCAAGAACCAGCUGCAGCAGGCCAUCCUCAAGCAGCAGAUGGUCGCCAAAGAAGAGGAGGCCCUGCUCGCCGACCACACGACGCUCGAGGUGCAGCUCAACCAGACCUUACUCCAGAAACUCGAGAAACUCGCGACGGUCGCCGACGCCACGCGCCAGCGAUCGCGAGAGCUCGACGCGCGGGAAAGGGCCUCGGACGCCAAGCAGCGCGCCAAGAAGGUCAAAGGACCGGACCCGCGCCUCCAGCCCGCGUCGCGCAAGUGACCUGUACUUAACCAAAUCGAAAUGGAACGACUGUGCUCUCUCAUC